AUGCACUUGUCUCUGCUCUUUGCGUUAGCUUGCUGCCCGUUUGCUUUCUCUGCUUCAUCUUCAAUCGUCAGCACCUCAUACGGCAAACUCCUGGGCACAAAGUCCGAGUAUCGCAAAGAUGUCUCAGUAUUCAAGGGUAUCCCCUUCGCAGCACCACCAACGGGUGACUUGCGCUUCCGUGCACCUGAAGGACCCACUUCCUGGAAAGGCGUGCGCAACGCCACCGUCUUCGGCCCGCAGUGCUAUCAACCUAACUCGGGGUCUUCCAUUUUCACAACGGGCUCCAGUGAGAUGAGCGAAGACUGUCUCUACGCCAAUGUCUGGGUUCCCCCCAAUACCACUUCCCAUGAUAAGCUCCCAGUUUACCUGUAUAUGUACGGAGGUCGCUACUACAUGGGCUCCGGUGAUGUUUCGACAUAUGAUGGAUCCGGUCUCGCUGAAAAGGGAGUCAUUGUUGUGACUUUCAAUUACCGACUUGGUCUGCUCGGGUUCUUUGCGCACCCAGAAUUGAGCGCCGAGUCAGGUCACAAUAGCUCGGGCAAUUAUGGUCUUUUAGAUGCCGUCGCUGCGUUGAAAUGGGUCCACGAAGAAAUUGCUGCCUUUGGAGGUGACCCUGAACGUAUUACUGUUGGUGGCCAGUCGGCAGGAUCCUGCCAAGCUCUCUCAAUGAUGUACAGCCCCUUGACAGAUGACUUGGGAUUAGCUGGAGUCAUUGCCGAAACGGGAGCUCGCUCUGUCCGUGACCCUAUGAUGGGUGGCGCAUCGACUAGCUACCGUGAGAAAGUAGCCGCAGAAACAUAUGGUGAAACGUUCUUGAAGGAGCAAAACCUGACAAGUAUUUCGGCGCUCCGCAAUGCCUCGGCAUCAGACCUGGUCCAAUAUGGAUACACCAACGACGACACAUAUGAGAACACCCAAUUUGCCAACCUGAGCGCAUUCAUGGAUCCGCCGGAGUGGCGCCCUGUGCUUGAUGGGUAUGUGCUCAAGUAUAGCUAUGGUGAAUCCUUGCGCAAAAACGCACACCAGGACGUGCCGAUUCUUACUGGAAAUAAUGCCGACGAGUCCGGUGCGAGUGUAUCACCAGGCUACACUGUCGAAUCAUAUGACACGGAUUUUGCCGACAUGUUUGGCAAUAUUUCGUCUGAGGCAUUUGCUCUCUACCCGGCUAACACCUCUGCUGCUGCAGACAAACAGUCCAAUGCCAUUUUCCGUGAUUUGAAUCGCAUUGGCACUUCUGAUUGGGGUAACGAUUACACAGCCGGUGUAGCGAAGAGCAAUGUUUUUACCUAUUUUUGGACGUGGCCCGCACCAACCAUUACGGAUGGUGGCGCUUACCACGGCUCGGAGCUGUACUAUGCAUUUGCCUCGAUUCCUUUUGCGGAUACCAGUGCUAAUUGGACUUCAACGGACUACAAAAUCAUGGAUACGAUGUCGAGCUAUUGGGCCAAUUUCAUCAAGAACGGCGAUCCCAACGGCGAUGGACUUGCAGAGUGGCCGGCAAACUCUGCAAAGAACGCCACUACUAUGUGGCUGGGUACGCAUUUCCGUGCAGGGAUGCUCGCUGAGGCGAAUUCGAAAAUCCAGUUUUUCAAGAAAUGGUUCUCAUUCCAACCGGAAUGGUAG